AGUCGCGGGAUACUUGAACUGCAAGAACAGCCGGCGGCCGGCGCGCCGCUCGUGGCAUCUGGGGUUCCCGCUCCUACCUCCUGCAGAGCUUCGGCCGCCGCCGCGCUCCUGGCGGGCGCCGUGCACGCCUGCCGCCGACGAUCCCGCCCGGAGCAGCGAUGCUGGGCAGCGCGAGGACGGCGGCGCGCGAGGCGGGCUCAGCCCAGCUCUCGCUGCAGCAGGAGGACCAGGAGAAUGUCAACCCGGAGAAGGCGGCGCCCGCCCUGCAGCCGAGGGCGCUGAAGGACGGGAACACGCGGGGCGCCGCACCGCAGCAGAGGCUCAAGACGCGGCGGGUAAAGGGGCCGAGGGUUGCACCUCUUAAGGAUCGCCCCAUAAAUGAUGAGCAUGUCACAGCUGUACCUCCGUGGAAAGCAAACAGUAAACAGCCUGCCUUCACCAUUCAUGUGGAUGAAGCAGAAGAGACUCAGAAGAGACCAGCUCAGUGUAAAGGAACGGAGACCGAAGAUGUUCUGGCUUUUAAUACAGCUGUUGCUUUACCGGGAACAAGAAAACCACUGGUACCUCUUGAUUAUCCAAUGGAUGGUAGUUUUGAAUCACCACAUACUAUGGACAUAUCUAUUGUCUUGGAAGAUGAAAAACCAGUGAGUGUUAAUGAAGUACCAGACUACCAUGAGGAUAUUCACACAUACCUCAGGGAAAUGGAGGUUAAAUGUAAACCUAAAGUGGGUUAUAUGAAGAAGCAGCCAGACAUCACUAACAGUAUGCGGGCCAUCCUUGUGGACUGGCUAGUUGAAGUGGGAGAAGAAUAUAAGCUGCAGAAUGAGACCCUGCAUUUGGCUGUGAACUACAUUGAUCGAUUCCUCUCUUCCAUGUCUGUGCUGAGAGGAAAGCUUCAGCUUGUGGGCACUGCAGCUAUGCUGCUAGCUUCAAAAUUUGAAGAAAUAUACCCCCCAGAAGUAGCAGAGUUUGUGUACAUCACGGAUGACACCUAUUCCAAGAAGCAAGUUCUGAGAAUGGAGCACCUGGUACUCAAGGUCCUUGCUUUUGACUUAGCUGCUCCAACAGUAAAUCAGUUUCUUACCCAAUACUUUCUACAUCAGCAGCCUGCAAACUGCAAAGUUGAAAGUUUAGCAAUGUUUUUGGGAGAAUUAAGUUUGAUAGAUGCUGACCCCUACCUAAAGUAUUUGCCGUCACUUGUUGCUGGAGCUGCCUUUCAUUUAGCACUCUACACGGUCACAGGACAAAGCUGGCCUCAAUCAUUGGUACAAAAGACUGGAUAUACCCUGCAAAGUCUUAAGCCCUGUCUCAUGGACCUUCACCAGACCUACCUCAAAGCACCACAGCAUGCCCAACAGUCAAUAAGAGAAAAGUACAAAAAUUCAAAGUAUCAUGGUGUUUCUCUCCUCAACCCUCCGGAGACACUAAACGUGUAGUGUGUAAAAUGGAGUUCACUCACUUCGUGCUGUACAGUUUCAAUCUUGGUUUUUAAUUUCAUAAUCAUUCUGAAUGUAGAUGUUAUAGCCAAGGACAAAAUUAUGUUAUCCAUUGCUUACUUUUGUACAUGUGUCCGUCUUAGAUAUUUGGCUAAUUUUAAAUGGUUUUGUUAAAGUAUUAAUGAUGCCAGCUGUCAGGAUAAUAAGAAUAAAUUGAUUUGGAAAUCCUUGUAAGUGAAAGUGAAUUUGAGGUAAAAAUGAGACUGAUGAUGUCACUCACAAAAGCUAACUUGGUUUAUGUUUUAUUAUUUAGUGGGGGUGAGAAGCCUUCUAAAAAUGGAAAUAUCAGUGAAACAGACCUUCAAAUUCUGGUGUUUACUAGCCUAAACAGAUGAACCAAAUUUCUGACCUGGUUAUAGAACAAGCAAAUCUGGAACAAAUCUGUUUAUUGUCAGUAUAGUGGAAACCCUCAGACUCAUUUAGCUCCACACAUUUUCUUAGGAAAAUGUGAAGAUUUUUGCUUACCAACUUUUACAAAUGUGAGCUUAUAGAUGGGUUGGGAAACAUGUACAACUGAAACAUUCUCCACGAAGUUUAUUUCAAAACAUAAUGCCAAAAAACAAAACGCCAUUAAAACCCCAGUAGCUUUUAUAAUGGAUUUUUGAAUUAAAAAACACCCAGAGCUGUAGCACUGAAUAAAUAUCCUUUUAAUAGUUAUAUAUACAAAUAUACAACCAUUUUAGCUUUAAUUAGCAGUUCUCUUCUUUUUCCUCUUUUUCACUUGACUUUUACUUGGUGCUUUUUCUUGUUUUGCACUGGUGACUUGAGCUCUGUAAAUAAAGUAAUUCAACAGCUCACUAUGUUGAGUUUUUGGACCAGAUCACUGGAACUAGUCUUCUAAACUGUAACUCUGAAAGGCAUCCCAUUUUAUAGCUACUUUUUUAUGUAUAUAUGAAAGAAACCAGAAAUUUGUUACCUUAUUUUCUUUGGAUUCUUGUCUGGUUCCAAAAUGAUUAUUUCUUCCUCUUCACUAUCUGACAAUAGUAUAGGGGUACCUUUAAGAAUAUAUCAAAAAAGUAAUAUGACUUGAAAUUUCCACACUUUAUCCAUAUCCACAUCAGAGGUCCUAAUACUCCUGUUUCCAUGCUAAUAGCUCAAGCUAUGCUCUCCAAAUCUUUCCUUCUCUGAAGUAGCUCUUUAGAGCUGAAAAAUUCUUGUUUUCCGUAAACUUUUAAAGAGAGGGAGACUCAUGUAGGCCAGGAUGAUAUCUCUCAGCUGACCAUGAAAAAUGUAAACAAGCUGUAUUUUCUUUGAGAACUGCUUUAUAUGCCUUAUUUUUCUCUUGAACAUUAAUUAUAUGUAUGUAAAUAAAACAUGUGAAUUAACCCCUUG